AUGGUAACUGAGACCAAGUCGGAUAGCUCCAAAGUGAAUAUGAAUGAGGAGGAACCAAAGGAAGAUCCGGAGGAGGAUCCGAAGGAAGAUCCGGAGGAGGAUCCGAAGGAAGGUCCGGAGGAGGAUCCUGAGGAGGAUCCAGAAGAGCAUCUAGGAGAAGAGGCAGAAGAAGAAGAUCCUCAGGAGGAAGAGUAUGAAGAAGAGGAACUGUUAGAUGAAUCAGAUGUUGAACAGUACAAAAGCGAGCGUUUCUGGUCUAGGGUGCAGAGGUAUCGCGAUUUGAGAGAAGAUGCAGAUAUAGCAGAUAGCUCUAGACCAAGUUAG